GACGCUGAUGACGCUAAUGGGGGGGUAGAGUAGAAAAUAUAUAUUUGACAGGGGUUUGACUGACGGGAAAUAAGGGGGUAGUAGUAGGCGAGAAAGACCUGCGUAUGAGUCGAAAUUGAAGUUACUUUUUGUAUUUCGGUCACAUUUUUUUUGUGACUGGUGCCGCGAGUUGAAUCGUAUGUGAUGAUUAAUUCGGAAAGACACAGCAACAGGGCAUAGAACUACAGGAUGUCGCGGACAGUUUCAGUUUUUUUUGGAUGGGGAAGCACGACUAGAACAGUAAAACGCAACGCGGAAAAUAUUUAAAAGGGAGAAUGCGAAUGGUUAGAAGAGAUAGAAUUCAAACAAAAUGGAAACAAUGUAGCAUCGCUGCGGCAUUCCAUAUAGCUAUAAGCACUACUAGAGUAGAAAAUAGAGAGCUAGUUAACAAAUAUAAAUGUAACGUUACUUAUUAUUUAUCAGAAAAGCUCAAACAGAGUCUGUAGUAAACUGGUUGAAAUAAAAAAUAGUUCGUUGGUGUCCCCAGCUACCAAAGAAGAAAAAACUCAAAUAUGCUACGGAGAAGACUGAACCGUUUGUUCGGUAGGGACGAGAGGAGGGUAGACAGCAGGACCAUCUACGUAGGCCACCGGCCCUGUCCCGCCACCGACACUUUCAUCCCCCCCAAGUUCUGUGACAACAGGAUUGUCUCUUCCAAGUACACGGUGUGGAACUUCCUGCCAAAGAAUCUGUUUGAACAGUUCAGAAGAAUCGCCAAUUUCUACUUCCUCAUCAUCUUCUUGGUGCAGGUCAUUGUAGACACCCCCACCAGCCCAGUCACUAGUGGCCUGCCAUUGUUCUUCGUCAUCACAGUAACAGCCAUUAAACAGGGCUAUGAGGACUGGCUGCGGCACAAGGCAGACAAUGAGGUGAAUAAGUACCUGGUGACGGUGCUGGAGGACGGCCGGAGAGCACGCAAGGAGAGCGAGAAGAUCAAGGUCGGGGAUGUGGUUGAGGUGGUGGAGGAUGAGACCUUCCCCUGUGACCUCAUCCUGCUGCAGUCCAGCCGGGAGGACGAGACCUGCUUUGUCACCACGGCCAGUCUGGACGGGGAGUCCAACCAUAAGACACACUACACAGUGCCAGACACAGAGAAGGGCCUGGAGUCUCUCAGUGCCACCGUGGAGUGCGAGCAGCCGCAGCCUGACCUCUACAAGUUUGUGGGGCGUAUGCACAUCUACAAGAAUGACCAGGAGCCUGCUGUGAGGUCUUUGGGUCCAGAGAAUCUCCUCCUGAAAGGCGCUACCUUGAAGAAUACUCAGAAGAUUUAUGGAGUGGCAGUGUACUCUGGCAUGGAAACCAAAAUGGCUCUGAACUACCAGGGGAAGUCCCAGAAGCGAUCUGUGGUGGAGAAAUCUAUCAAUGCCUUCCUGCUGGUGUACCUGUGUAUCCUGGUGAGCAAGGCCCUGGUGUGCACCACGCUCAAGUACGUGUGGCAGAGUCAACCAGGCCAGGAAGAGCCCUGGUACAACCAGAAGACGCAGAAGGAGAAAGAUGCCAACCUGUACCUGAAUAUGUUUACUGACUUCCUGUCGUUCAUGGUGCUGUUCAACUUCAUCAUCCCCGUGUCCAUGUACGUGACGGUGGAGAUGCAGAAGUUCCUGGGCUCCUUCUUCAUCUCCUGGGACAAGGACUUCUUCGACCCCGAGAUCCAGGAAGGGGCUCUGGUCAACACCUCUGACCUCAACGAGGAGCUAGGACAGGUGGAGUAUGUGUUCACAGACAAGACGGGCACUCUGACCCAGAACAGCAUGGAGUUCAUCGAGUGCUGCAUCGACGGCUUCCAGUACAAGAACCGUGACUCGAGCACCGAGCUGGACGGCUUCUGUGUCACAGAUGGACCUGUGAGCAUGCUGCAGCAGAAGGCUGGCAGGGAGGAGGAGGAGCUGUUCCUGCGGGCUCUGUGUCUGUGCCACACGGUGCAGGUCAAGGAGUCUACGGGUCAGGAGGACUGGGUUGGGGACCAGGUGGACGGUGUCCUGGGGCUGGACGGAGAGAUGGUCCACCCUGCAGAGCUCAGGGGCUUCAUCGCCUCCUCACCCGACGAGGUGGCACUGGUCAAGGGAGCCAUGAAGUAUGGUUUCACAUUCCUAGGUAUGGAGAGCAAGAACAUGAGAGUGAUGAACAGAGACAAAGAUGUUGAAACGUACGAGCUGCUUCAUGUGUUGAACUUCGACCCCGUGAGAAGGCGUAUGAGCGUAAUAGUCCGAUCCAAAUGCGGGGACAUCAUGCUGUUCUGUAAGGGGGCCGACUCCUCCAUCUUCCCCCGUGUCAGGCAGGAGGAGGUGGACAGGAUAAGCAUGCACGUGGAGCGCAAUGCUACGGAAGGCUACCGGACGCUGUGUGUGGCCUACAAGCUGCUGAGUUCUGAAGAGUACGCCCAGGCAGACGCAGGGCUGAGGGAAGCCAGGCUGGCCCUGGAUGACCGAGAGGAGAAACUCAUGGCUGUCUACAACCAGGUGGAGACUGGGAUGAGCCUGAUCGGAGCUACCGCCGUGGAGGACAGGUUGCAGGAGGAGGCAGCGGAGACCAUGGAGGCCCUGCAGCGGGCUGGCAUGAAGGUGUGGGUUCACGGGGACAAGAUGGAGACGGCCAAGUCCACGUGCUACGCCUGUCGGCUAUUCCAGAGGGGCACAGAGCUGCUGGAACUGACGGUGCGAACCCUGGAGGACGGCGGGAGGAGGAGAGAAGAGCGCCUGCAUGAGGUGCUGUUAGACUACCACAAGAGGGCAGUGCAGGACCCUCCACCGGUUAAGACUAGGGUCACCAGGAGCUGGACUUCAGCUAAGCAGGACUACGGCUUCAUCAUAGACGGAGCCACUCUGUCCUUAGUGUUCAACUCCUCUCCUGACUCCAGCCACUACAAGAGUCUCUUCCUCCAGAUCUGUCAGAACUGUACCACUGUUCUGUGCUGCCGUAUGGCUCCCCUACAGAAGGCCCAGAUCGUGAACAUGGUGAAGAACUCCAAAGGCAGCCCCAUCACCCUCUCCAUCGGAGAUGGAGCCAACGAUGUCAGUAUGAUUCUGGAGGCACACAUUGGCAUCGGUAUAAAAGGUAAAGAGGGUCGCCAGGCAGUGAGGAACAGUGACUAUGCCAUCCCUAAACUCAAGCACCUGAAGAAACUGUUACUGGGACACGGGCACCUCUACUACGUUCGGAUCGCCCACCUGGUGCAAUACUUCUUCUACAAGAACCUCUGCUUCAUCUUACCUCAGUUCUUGUACCAGUUUUUCUGUGGAUCUUCCCAGCAACCCCUCUACGACGCAGCCUAUCUGACGAUGUACAACAUCUGUUUCACCUCCAUGCCUAUCCUGGCCUACAGCCUCUUGGAGCAGCACAUCUGUAUGGAGGUCCUGAUGAGCAACGCUACCCUCUACAGGGACGUAGCAAAGAACGCCAUGUUGCGUUGGAGCCCCUUCCUGUACUGGACCCUACUUGGGGUCUACCAGGGCCUCCUGUUCUUCUUUGGGGUCCGCUUUCUCUUUAGUAACCCAGCCCUGCAGGACAAUGGCCAGGUGUUUGGGAAUUGGUCGUACGGAACAAUUGUUUUUACUGUCCUCGUCUUCACCGUCACGCUAAAGCUGGCUAUGGACACGCGCCAUUGGACGUGGAUCAAUCACUUUGUCAUCUGGGGCUCGCUGGCCUUCUACAUGUUCUUCAGCUUCUUCUGGGGUGGGAUCAUAUGGCCUUUCCUUCGGCAGCAGCGUCUCUACUUUGUGUUUGCUAACAUGCUGCGCUCUGUGUCGGCCUGGCUGGUCAUCAUCCUCCUCAUCCUGCUCAGCCUGCUGCCUGAGAUCCUGCUGCUGGUCCUCCGCAAGCCGCGCUGGCCCCACUCUCGACAGCCUUCAGAGGACAGACUCCUACAGACAUCCAGAUCGCUGCCGUCACGCCCUUGUCCUACAAGCACCUGAAGGAGCGGGAGUAAAGGGCACAAAGGAGGAUCAACUACCCUGCGGCCAGCGUCUUUCAGGAGGCCAUGGCACUCUGGCUGCCUGAACUUUUGCCUGAUCUAAAAAGAAAAUGGGAAAACGACUCAAAGAAAACAACGUAAUAGAAAUGAUAAAAGACCCAGGGAUGACUCCAGCAGUGUUUUGAGUACCUCUGUUCCCCUGCUCCCUCCUUCCUUCCUCUUCCUGUUUCCCUCUGCAUGUCUGCAGUGCAGAUUGCUGCAUCACUGGCCCAUGCAGCACAGGCCAUUUUUACCACGUUUUAACUGGACUGUUGAGUUUCCGGAGUUUAUUUUUAUUUCCUAUGAAUACUACGAUUGCGGGCAGGGGGGGGAUGCGUACAUGGCUGCCCUGUCAGAAGUACUUCUACGGUCGGCUGUGCUCUAGCAUGCAGCCACACCACUGUCCCAGAAUGAUUAAUCUGCAUGAAACUAAGUAGGCCUCAUGAAUGCCACAUUCCACUUGUUAUUUAUAUUUUUCUGCAAGGUUUGUAUUUUAUUUUUUUAAGCAAAUCUCACUUACUUUCUGAAACAAAAAUUCCACUGCGCCAGAUCCAAAUCAUCAUUUAUAAGUUGCAUGAUUCCAAUCCAGUCAAGUCCAACGCAAAGAGAGCAUAUUCACUCAGUGCAGACUGCACUGAACACAGGUUACUGGAGAUCUUCAAAAUGUCCUUGAAUACUGUGUUUAGAGCACAACCCCCUGCUGGGUUAAGUCUCUAUUUUCCCAUCUCCCCAAAGAGUGUGGUGAAUCGAAAUGACUGGUAAUAAGUUGUGCUUGCCAACAUUUCUACCUGGUUCGGUGUUUGUAGCAUGACUUGAAUCUUCCCACCUUAAGGCCGGUGAUGGUUUAAGAAAAUCCCAAAUGUAUUGAAAAUUAAUAUAUGUGCUGUAUAUUGCUUAACCUGUUUGAAUAUCUAAAGCUUGAUGCCAAAAAUGUGUCUGAGCUCGGGAGAUGCAAGUGUCAUGCCCAGCGCCAUCCAAAUGAUUGCAAACUAUGUUGCUGAGAGUGUUGUGUGUGUGUGUGUGUGUGUGUGUGUGCCCAGCAGCACAAUUAUACUGGAUGGGAAUCAUGGCCUCAAAGCAACCUGUGUGUGUUACAUUGAGACACGUUUAACCAGAAUACCUGGAUCUACCUUGUACAUUUAGCAUGUGGUUGUCAUGACCUGUCCUCUAAAGGACUUCAGGAGUUCUGUGGAGCGCACGCGCACACACGCACACACACACACACACACACACACACUAAAAGCCUAAAAUUAGUGAUACAUGUCCAUUACCAGUUAGUGUUGUUUGUCAAAGGUGGGCUGAUGUUGGUGGGUAAAGAUCCCAACUUCAGACUUCCUCUUUCUUGUCACCAUAGGUAAUGCCACUGAGGCUUUCUACCCACCUGCUACCAUAGAUGUUCCUGGAUCUCCAUUUCCGAUGUCUGCGAUGGGUUUCUUACAGAAAGAUGGUUCUGACUUCUAGCGUUUAGUGCUUCAGACAUUCCAUUUCCACAUGCCAUGAUUUUCAUCACUUUUAGACACUAUAUGGGAAGAUGUUUUGGAACAUGUGAAAUAUUUAUUGUUCCGUGCAAUUUUUACUCACAAAUGGUAUAUUUUUAUUACGUGAAUCUUUUUUUGUUGUAGCGAAUGAUCAGCUUCGUGCUUCUUCAGUAUGCCUGUGUUACUUCAGACCAGAUGUGUGCCCAGUGCUAACCCAUAUCUUCUGUAUCUCUCUCACACACACACACACACCCUGCAGGUAUAUCCUACCUUACACCUCUACUAUAUCCUCUCCCUCCACCGGUCUGGUCGCAGGUCAGAUCACAGAGCACCGGUUAGAUCAGUUCAGUCAUAUCCAGGCUAGGAAUGGAGCUUCUUCUAUGUCUGCCACAGAGGGAUAUGCCUGGGAGUAGGUGCCCUGUUGGCACGUCUUUAGUCUCUUACAAAAUGCCAUAAUAGGUCAUGUACAGCCCUCAUGUAGCUAUUGCAGUAUCUCCUCAUAUGAUGAUUAGCAUCACUGAUGGUUGUAGUUCCUAAGCUGAGUAUCCUUAGUCCAGAUGGGCUCCAUUCCAGCUCCUUAGUGGUUGGAGAUACUGUAAUAGCUACAUGAGGGCUGUACAUGACCUGUGACAUACUGAGCAUGUGGCAGAAUUCAAGACAUGGCUCCCAUGCCAAAUGUGAUUUACCGUACUUCCAUCAACCUCAUCUUUUGUUAUUUUGACCUUUUAUUUAACUAGUCGGUUAAGAACAAAUUCUUAUUUUCAAUGACAGCUUAGGAACAGUGGGUUACCUGCCUGUAUCACAUACUGUACCAUCUUGUGGAGGAGAAAAUGCUAUAUUUACCUUGACUUCAAGGGUCUAGAGUUUCCAGAGGGUUGUAAUACGGGGAACUCUUUGUAACGUUUCCUUUUGAAACACUAAAGCUAUGAGGAGUAUGGACUGUGCUCAGACUAACGAAGAUGCCGUUGAACUUUCACCUACCUGGGCUCUGUGUCCUAGGUCAACGGGUAGGUGGAGGACUUUCUGUAUGUUUUAAAAAACAAAAACAAACCUUUAACAUUACAUCAGAGAUGCUAUUUUAAAAUGCUUUUUAAAAAGUAUUGGAUACUCAUGUUUUGCCUGACAAAAUACGUAAAAAAAUGUGAUUGUAUUUUAAAUGCAACCUUUUUCCAGCCACUUUUUUUGUAAGAAUAAUCAAAACGUCCCAAAAAAAGCAGGAGAGGCUGGGUGAAUGUGGAGAAUGACCCUGUCCGCAGGUGACUGCUGUGGUGGGGUGCCUUAGGUUCAGACGGGCACAAAAUGGGCACUUCACAUCUGGCCCCUCAGUCUCCAGCCUCGGCACUCUGAACCUCCGAUCUGAAUGUACCACUUUAAGACCAGUAUGUUCAACAGUUUUUCUGCAAUAAAACACUGUUUUGAAAA